UUUAGAAAUUAAAAAAAAAAUAAAACCCGAUAAUGACGUCAAUAGUUCCGGCACCGCCGGCAGGAGUCGGAGCUGCCGUGCCAGUGUGGUUGAAAAUCGAUUGGAGUCCUGAAAUAGAGCAUGGCAUUUACAAGGACUGGGGCUCGUACUACUCCCACCGGCGGAGGGAGAACAUGGCCAUGUACUACUACAACAAGGCCCUCUCCAUGAUGCCAGAGGACUAUGUGACCCUUUACCACCGCAGCCAGACGAAGCGGAAGAAUGCCCAAACAGAAGGCGCCCUCAAGGACUGUGGCGAAGCCAAAAGAAUUUUAAAGGGACUCAAAAUCAAAAACGCUCCGAUUAAUCUGGAAAUCUGUGAUGCUCUCUACGAACUGAAUCAGUUUGAGAAUGCCAAGGCGGAAUUGCACGAUAAUACACGGAUCUUCAAGGGAAACAAGAUCAAAGCCUUUGAGAACCGUCUCGUUGUGGUUGACGAAAAUAUCAAAAACUGUUGUGGAGAAGAGCUGACACAGUUUAUAUCCGCGAAUGAAAAGCUGUUGAUCCAGGUGAAGGAAAUGGAGCUCAAGGCCCAAGGGCAAGUGCAGAACAAGCCGCUGUGGAAAGUCCUAAAAGAGCUAAACAAAUGCGAUGUUUUGAGUAUCCUGGAAAUCGAAGACGAAUUACUGUCCCCACUGGAAAUAGCUAGACGAAAUCGGGCUUUCAAUGUCUUUAAUCAGAUCUACAUGGACAAGUCAUGGAUUGAUGUGGUUUUUUUGAAGAAAUUGCUUAGGAACCCCACUCUACUUCUCGAACAGUGUCAAAACUCGAAAUAUUUUUUGGGAGCUCUCAAUAAAAAGAAAUAUGAGGAAAUCAAAAUUUUCUUGAAAAUGCUUCAUGCACGUGCUCCCAUGUAUUACAUUCAAUACAACAAAUUCACGAACAAGAAACUGAUGAACAAAUUCCGGGAGGACUGUCUGUUCCGUAAGCAGUACCAGACAGGUCGUAACAUGCGUUCGGUGUUGAGGAGCAUUCGAAAUCUUCGGGCCGUCGGUAACGUGACGCGACUCUCGAAGUACGUGGAGGAGGUUAUGGGAGACUACGUUGUCCUGAAAACUAGUCGGAUUAUGCCCUGGAAAUUUGAAUUCAUGAACGAAGUGUACAACACAUUGGCGCUGGCAUUUGCCGAACAGUGUGUAGUCCCCCCCGACAAGAAUCGUCAGGAGGACAAGGAUGCUCUUCUCAAGCUGCUUUGCCUUCCCACCGACAAGUCCUGGGAGGUUCAACAUUUCGUGUUUGGAGACCGCUCCACUCAUCAGGCCUCCGAUGUGACGGAUCUGUCCAUGUCGAAAUCGAGGCAGUGGAUAUCCCGACUGGAAAAACGAAUGCUGUUCGCCAAGUACUCGAUCGAGAAAUGCUAUCUAUUGCAUCAGAUUGGCUACACUCAUCUCAAAUCCAAUCGCUUCGAUGAAUGCUGCUUUAUAGCUAGAAAGGGCAUAACAGAGACCAAGAACUGCAAUAGCUUGAUAUGGAAAUUUCUGUGCACUCUUCUGAUCAUCAAGUCCAAUGCAGCCCUCCACAAGGUGGAACGCACCAAGGAGUCACUGAUUAGGGCUCAGAAAAUUAUAGAAGAACUUGCUUCUCCCAAGCUUUCCCAUUUCGUGGACGUUUGCAUGGCCUGCAAUGAGGAAGAAUGUAAUCUAAAGAAACAACGCGGUAGCUUCUCAAGGCGUCAAAGUCCGGAGUCCAUGCACAGCCUGGACACUGAGCCAAGUUUUGAUAAGUAAUAUUCACAGCCUUCAAUUGAAUACAGUAUCAAAUACAUGACAUACAUUAAAUAUCCAUA